CUGCAGCCACAUGUCUUUGAAAGUGCUUGAGUUCAGACGUCAGUAAACAUCAGCAGAAUUAGAAAGACUAAUCAAGAGAUUUUUAAUCAUGGGUUCGGGUGUCGCAACCAAGAGUUUUGCUCUGCUUUGUUUUUUGUUCCUCUGCGGGACUUCUCCUUCACUUCAAGCAGAAAAACACUCCCUGUUUUACAUUUACACGGCCUUGUCCAAACCUCUUGAUCUGCCGGGCAUCUAUGAAUUCACUGCUAUGGGUCUGCUAGAUGACAGACAGAUUGACUAUUAUAAUAGCAAGGAAAAGAGAAAGAUUCCCACACAGAACUGGAUGAAAGAGAAAAUGCAGGAGGAUUACUGGGAAAAAGGCACCCAGUCCAGAAAGAGCAAAGAACAGUGGUUUAAUGUGAAUGUCCACAUUCUGAUGGACCGUAUGAGACAAAAAAAUGAUUCAGAUGUUCAUGUACUUCAGUGGAGACAUGGUUGUGAAAUUGAGGGAAAUGGGGGAAAUAAAUUAAAUUUUUCCAGAGGCAUUGAUGAGUACAGCUAUGAUGGCAAGAACUUUCUGUCUUUUGAUGAUAAGGAGUCUCAGUGGAUUGCCCCCGUUAAAGAGGCUCUUCCAACCAAGAGGAAAUGGGAUGAUGUGCCCAUCCUAAACCAGUACACCAAGGGCUACCUGGAGAAAGAGUGUGUGGACUGGCUCAACAAAUUCAGAGAAUAUGGAGACGAGGAACUCAGAAAUGGCUCUCCUCCAAAGGUAUAUGUGUCUGCAAAAAAGUCUACCAGUGACAAGCUGAAACUCAGCUGUCUGGCCACUGGCUUCUACCCCAAAGACGUCAUGUUGACGAUAAGGAAAUAUCGCACAUCCCUGUCUGAUAAUGAGGUUGAAUCCACAGGAGUCAGACCAAACCAUGAUGGAACCUUCCAGCUGAGGAAAAGUGUGGACAUCAAGGAGGAUGAAAAAGCUGAAUAUGACUGUUUUGUGUCCCACAGUACUCUCAAACAACCAAUCAUCGAGAAAUGGGAUGGAAAAUGCCAAGACUGCCAUGAAGGCUAUUUUAUGGUUAAUAAAAUUGUGAUUGGAGUUGUACUUGGAGCUGUAAUACUUGUAGUGGUCUGCAUUUACCUUUAUAAGACUAAAAGACAUGGUACCCUGACACAACAGAGUAAUACAAAUGGAGUUGCAAAUGGUGCUAAUGGAACAUACCAAAACCUUCUCCCAGCAACAAACUACAGCAAUGGACAUGAACAAAAAGCAUCCAAUGGAGGAGCCAAUGGAGCUGUCUAAUGGAAGACGCUGUCCAAAGCAGAAAUAACAUGCUAAAACAGGAAAAAUACCCGAGGAUAAGGAUCAUCUAUGCUCACUUCUGGUUUUUUUUUUUGUAAUUAGAUUAACUAUGUGCUUAGUUUUCAAUAGAUAUUGAAGGAGUUUUAUUACAUUGUUGCAUUUGGCAAAUGAUUAUAUCUAAUGCAACUUACAUUGCAUUCAAGGUAUACAUUUCAUCAGUCCAAACAUUUCCCUUUACAUGAACUGAACCUAUCGCUAGCAAUUGCUCUAGGGUUUGAGCUUCAUGCUCUUUUAUGUCAAAGUAUAAAUUUGUCAAAACAAGUGUUGUGCUUAUGUUUUGAAAAUCAGUGUUAAUUUUGACAGCAAAUUUCUUUUGACUAAAAUGCCAUUUAGUUUUAGUCAUAAUUUAGUCAACGGAAAUUGUUUUUAGUUUUAGUGUAGUUUAAGUCGACUAAAUAUCAUAAGAUUUUAGUUAAAAGUUUUAGUAAUUUUUUAUAUCUUUUUUUUUUUUUUUGCUUUUAAAUGUCUAUAUAGUUUUUAUUAUUAUUAUUAUUAUUAUUAUUUAAAUUUUUGUUAGUUUAAUACAUCAGGACAGGUUAUGCUAAAGCUUGGAAACUAGAUGAAAGAAAAUAAGUUUACAUUUUUAUUUUUUAUUUCAGUUAAUGUUUAUUUCAAGUAAUUUUU